CUCCAGCCCCUCUAUGCUGGCUUAAGGCCGGACUGUGGGGUUAAUGGCGUGGAGGGGGCUGCCCUCAUGCCUCCUCCAUUCUUGCAACAUCAAGAGGAAGGUCAGGCUCCCCGCACAAGGGUACGAACGCUGACGUCAAAGGAAGCAGCUGGUGAUUCACUGGCUCUUCUGAGCCUUUGCCUCGCUGGCUGUAACUCAUCUGGGAAAUGUCAUCCCAUCCUUGAGUGUUAUCGUUUCGCUGUCAGUUUGCCCACCCUGAUGGGAGAUAAUCCAACAUCUGAAGGAGAUAUUGGCCCGGCGAAUACAGGCUUUUUGAAAACCUCAGUGUAGGGGGACUUCCCCUUGCCUCGGAUGACUGCAUCUGCACUGCACUGUAGAGCAGUGCCUCUGGGGAGACCUGGGCUCUGUCCCCUGCCCUGCCGGGUAACCUGGUACAUUCAGAGAUUCCCAGGCCAGAAGGGACCACUGGGAUCAACUAGUCAGGCCUCCAGUGUAACACAGGCUGGAGACCCUCCCCAAAAUCAUUCCUAGAGCAAAUCUCUAUGGUCAGAAAUGGAGAAUCCACCACGUCCCUUGGCAAACUGUUUCCCUGGUUAAUCAACCUCAGUGAUUCAUCUCCCAGCAAUUGGAUUAUUGAGCAUGUCCCCCUGUGUGCCUCACUUUCCCCCUCUGCAAAAUGGGAUGAUGGUACUGACCACAUCUUUUUGAGCUCUAUGGAUGAAAGGGCACAUAAAAGCCAAGUGCUGCUGUUCAUUAAUCUUGCUUCAGUUAGUACAUGUCCUGUAGGGUUCGAAUACUGCACUGUGCCCUGGGGAGUGGGUGAGCCGAGAGCCAGACAGCCUUCUCUGUCUCGAGGGGCAGACUGUGUCCUCCUCUCUCCCCAAUGUGCUGGGAGAACGCUCGUUGCUCUGCCGGGCGAAGCACAUGCUCAGAGGUUCCAGCAGCUAGCCAGCAUGGGCCCAGGCUCCUGGAGCAGGGGUGGGGGAGAGCGCUGUCCCUAACACUCGCUGUGUAAGGAAGCUGUAUUAGGUGGCUUUGUAGAUUCCUGUCUUCCAUCCUGACCAGCUUCAGAUGGGGGCAUGCUGACACCCCCAGGGCCAGGUUUGGUCAGUGAUGCGCCUAAGGGAUGGAGGGAGCAAUGGGUUCCCCUUCCCCAAAGCCAAUGGUUCUGUUCACUCUGACGAGGCUCCGGGGGUGGCUGAGUUCAGAAGACCACUCAAGGCACCUGGGGAGGGGGGGCGAGGGGCUUCUGAGGGUGCAGGGAUGUACAUAAUGGGGCAGCCCUGUGCUCAGAGAUGGCUGCGUAGCCCCAUGACAUAGUUCCAACCUACCUUCCCCCAUCCUCGCUCUCACAGGUGGGACUGCUGCCUAUACAGCCCCCCAGCAGCAUCUUUCCUCAGCCAGGUCUGCUCCUGCUAAGGCUCCAGGGGCUGGAUCCUUUCAGGCCCAGCAUCCAGACUGAAACCCCAGAGGCUAUCCUCCCAGAACAGCCCUCAUCAUGGGAUAUGCCCCUUGUAAGGGGUGCACGCGGCUGGUCCGGGGAUGAGCAGCACACAGGGGCUCUAUUUUCCUAAUGCUCUGCCCAAGGGUAGUGACUCCACUGGCUGCUUGAGGCUGCAUCUCUAUCCCCACCCCCCUUUUUAAAGAUCAUGUUUUCUAAGUUAAAGGACACGUCCACUAGCCCUGCCUGUUACAACUAGGUCUUUGUUUGCAAAUCCAUGCAACUCGUUCCUUAAAGUGCUGGUGCUCCAUUCAGUUACCCUAGCCUGGCACUCCCAAGCCCCUCUACAAUAGCCAGCCAGUGCCUGUGAGCAACUCUCCAAAUGGGAACCCUGUCCUAGGUGAAGGCAGCUUCCAUUGCCGACCCCGUGAGCCAUCCUGUGCCUUCCCUGUGACCUGCUGCACUGAUCCAGGGCAAUGGACAGCAGUCUCUGGGGCCUGGCUGUCCAAUCAUGGGGGUAGGGAGGGCAGAACCCCUGCCUGGGGUGAACGGCAGCAUCUAAGCCGUGGUGACUAUGUCUAACUAUCACUGCACUGUUUGAUCCCUCCAUAGGAGAUGGCCGCUCUCAGCGUGUGCUGGACACCUGCAUUCGGGUGGUGCUAGGCUAUGGGCCUGGGAAUCAGUGUUAUGGUUCAGCAAGAACUCCAAACGCUGGCCUGCUGGCAGCCUUUGCUUUGGGACUAGGUCUGGCUAACUGUGCUCACAUGUCGCUCUGGAGAGAGAGCGUCUGGUUGGCUGCAGAGGGUUAAUGUAGCCAAGGGAGGAUAGGCUUGUUCCCUUAAUCAGCUUUGCCUCUGUAACGCUGCCCACAUGACAGAUGCAUGAGAAGAGUUUGGCCUUGGCCCCCAGCCGGCCUGGGUAAGUGAUGUCUUUUCUUAUCUCUCUGCUGACUAACCAGCAUCCUUCAGCUGGAGUAUUUAAGGCUGCGAGUGGGGAGAGUUGCAGCAGAGAAACGCUAGUCCAGCGGAGGCAGCCCCGGAGUCUCUGAUACUGGAAGCCUGAACUGAGACCAGAAAAGAAAAAUGCUGCCAGCAACUUUCAAACUGUGCGCCGGGAUCUCCUACAGGCAUCUGCGCAACAUGACCGGCUUGAGAAGGCAGGCGGUUGUUGCCAUCAGCCAGGAACUGAAUAAACUCGCCUUUGCUGGCCCUGGUCCCAGUAAAUGGAUCAACCAAGUUCGCAGGAGGAGCUCCUUACUCAGCUCCAGGUUGGAGGAGAAGCCCUUCAGUGAAGUGGAGAUGUCCUACAUUAAACAGGGAGAGGAAGCCCUUCAGAAAUCGCUCAGCAUCCUCGGGGACCAGGAUGGCUGGAAAACUGAGACCGUAGCGGGGAAUGGAGACAAAGUGCUGAGCAAGAUGCUCCCAGACGUUGGGAAGGUAUUCCGGCUAGAAGUGGUUGUGGACCAGCCCUUGAACUCUGUGUAUGAUGAGCUGGUGGAAAGAAUGGAGCAGAUGGGAGAUUGGAAUCCAACCAUCAAGGAAAUCAAGAUUCUCCAGAAGAUUGGGAAAGACACUGUGAUCACUCAUGAGACUGCUGCGGCCACGCCUGGCAAUGUGGUGGGACCACGGGACUUUGUCAGCGUGCGGUGUUCUAGAAGACGGGGCUCUACGUGUGUCCUGGCAGGGAUGGCCACAAGCUACGGCGCGAUGCCAGAACAGAAGGGAUUUAUAAGAGCUGAGAAUGGUCCUACCUGUAUGGUUCUCCGGCCACGGGCUGAAAAUCCUUCACAGACCAAGUUAACCUGGCUACUCAGCAUUGACCUAAAGGGCUGGCUGCCUAAGACAAUAAUCAACCAAGUACUCUCCCAGACCCAGGUAGACUUUGCCAACCACCUCCGCAAGCGCUUGGCUACCACCACCACUCCAGUUGCUGUCAGCUGCUGAAGCAGUUGCUGUUGCACCCUAAAGAACUAUUAACCUUCAGUGGCAUUUGCAGCUUCAGGGACAGCCAGAAGCCUACCUGAUGUUUAGAUUUUGCCUUGGAGCUGAUAAUCCCGUGUAGUGUGUUAUUUAAGACAUGCUUUGGAGCUUUUUUUUGGGAAAAUGAAUGGGUUCAGGUUUUUAAUGCUACAUUGAGUUCAACAAUGGGCAUUUAGGCCUCCAACCACCACCCAGCUGGGCUCCCUUCUUAGCUGAACAUAUCAGAUCUGUUGGUGUAGGCAAUCACUUCAAUAUCCCCCAGAAAGUAUGUGUAAGUGACUGACUGAAAAGCCUAGUGCUCUGUGUAAUUACAUGUAGUAGGAUUCAGUGUUGCUGGCUGUGUGCUCUGCAACAGCUUUUGAUGGUUGCACAGCGAAACUACUUCCGGUCAAACAGGGGCCUUGACUUCAAGGCAAAGAGUAGAACACUCAGCAAGAGCUCCAGCUUAACCCUCAGCUUCCACGUUUCUAUUUCCCUCAUAGGUACUUACUUACAGUAAUGUGCAGUACAGGAACACACUCUUGAGCCUUAAGAUCAGAAGUGAGUUACAGGUUUAAUAUAUAGCUCGAGGCAUCUUGCAAUAUCCAACAAUCCAUCCCUGGGCAGAUCCUAUUAUUGAAGUGUUAGUGCAAAGGGAGAUUUGCCAAUUUAUACCAAGCUAGCUUUUGGUUUCAUUUAAAUGUGCUAAUGUAAGUAAGUUACUUAGUUACAUCCUUUGCUGACUGAAAAGAGCAACAAAGUAGCCUGGUCUGUUGGGUACAACUGGAUCACAGUAUUUGAGCAGUAAGCAUGUACUUAGUCCCCCCAACUCUUUCAGAGGAGGCUCUGUAACUUGUCUUGGUUUUUAAUAGGCUGGAUAGUGUCUAACUGUAUAAAGUGUCUUAUGAGAAAUCAAGUCAGUAGGACAGUGCAUCUUUGUAAGCUUACACUUUUACUUAAGAACCCAAUACACCAGCAUUAGUUUUGCACUCAGUGGAAUUCAGCUGUAGGAAGUUAAUUUAUAAAGUCAGUUUGCAGGUAUUUAUUUUUCUUGUAUAGAUGUGCAUAAUGGACUAUUUAAUAUUUAUUCUCAGUGACCAUGGAGCUCUAAGCAAGUUUAUUUUGGGGGUGGGGGUUCCUUAUCCACUAGUGAACUCUU